AUGGCGGCCCAAGUCCCUGUCCAGACGAUCCAUAGGGAUCCCCAGCUAUUAAUUACUUAUACUAAUGGCACACGUGUCGGCAGCUACUGGAUCCUCUUCCCCAUCACAAUCGUCAUGAUUCUUACCGGCGUGCUGCGGCAUUACGCUGCCACGCUCAUGGCCACGGCGCCCAAGAAGCAGGACCUCAAGGCCACGCGCGAGCAGCGGGCCAUGAUGCACGGCGUCAGCGUGCGCACCCACUACUACAACCUGUCCAAGAAGUCGUUCAUCGCGCGGCGCGAGGCGCUGACGGCCGCCUACGAGUCCGGGGCGUAUCUCAAGGCGCCCGAGAACAGGGGCCAGGCGCCACCCAAUCCCAUGACGGACCCCAACGCUAUGGAGGGCAUGAUGGGCAUGAUGAAGGGCAACAUGGCCAUGAUGAUCCCCAACACGCUCAUCAUGAGCUGGAUUAACGCUUUCUUUAGCGGUUAUGUUAUCAUGAAAUUGCCGUUCCCGUUGACGAUCAAGUUCAAGAGCAUGCUGCAGGCCGGUGUCAUGACCAAGGACAUGGAUCCGAGAUGGAUGUCAAGCAUCAGUUGGUAUUUCUUGUGUAUCUUUGGUCUACAGUCCGUCUUCAACUUCAUUCUCGGAAGUGACAACGCCGCAAGCCAGAUGGCGCAGCAGAUGGGCGCUAUGGGCCCGCAAGCUCCCCAAGCAGGUUUCGGCCCUGGGGUCGACCCUGACAAGCAGUUCCUCGGCGAGGCUGAGAACAUCGCCGUCGUCGUCCAUUACUCCGUGCUGGAUGACGUCGAGGACCGGCUGUUGGCAAGCGUCAAGGCGUAG